AUGGUAACACAUAACAGUGGUAACAAGCAUGAUGAAAAUAAGAAUUCUUCCUCAACCAACAAAAAGAAGAAACCACUCAAAGGUAUUUCAGUAGGUGCACCACUUCCAUUCUUUGGAACAUGUGAACAUUACAAGAAUUCAAAGAGAUGGUUCAGGUUCGAUUGUUGUGGACGUGCCUAUCCAUGUGAUAUUUGCCAUGAACUGGAAUGCACUGCUCCAUCUUCUGACAUUAUGGGUAGAAAAAUGAUUUGUGGAUAUUGCUCAAGAGAACAAGGACUUGCCCAGACAUGUCACUUUUGUCAAAAGAAUUUAAUCAAAAAGAUUUCAGAAAAAACUGGUAGAAGUGCUGCAAAAACCAAACAGCAUAAAUAA